AAAAAAUAAAAGAUCUAAGGUAUGAAUUAUUAAUGGAGAGCAUAAAAAACAUGAAAAUGAGGAGACGUCGGUGGUAAAUAAAGGAAAGAAUAAGCCCUAUUAAUUAAUAACAAUAAAAAUUAAAAUAAAAUAAUUGUCAAAAAAAUUAAAAAAAAAAAUAUAAAUAAAUAAACAUCAAGUAAUUGGUGUUUCUCUCUCAUCGUUGCGCCCACUAUAAAUAUCAUCAAUCUUCUCUUCUCCUUAGACAACGUAACUCUUGAUUUUUUUUUUUCAUCUCUUUCACUUUUAAUUAUAAAUACUCUUCCUUUUUCAUUCCCAUUAAUUUCUUCAAUUUCUGCAAAAGUAUCAGAUCGAAUCAAAGUUUUGUUGAAUGGGUUCCCAGUCAGUCGUAGAUAUGAUAGAGGCUUCAUCAGGAGCCCAUUUUUCUGGAUUUCACGUGGAUGGCAUAGAAUCCAGGAAAGCUGUUAUUGAACAACCAACAACAUCUACUGAAAAUGUUUACAAUGAACCUUUUGUCAUUGGAGUAGCAGGAGGUGCAGCAUCAGGAAAGACUACUGUUUGUGAUAUGAUUAUUCAGCAGCUUCAUGACCAGCGUGUGGUGGUUGUUAAUCAGGAUUCAUUUUAUCAUAAUCUGACUGAGGAGGAGCUUUUACGAGUUCAUGAAUGCAACUUUGACCAUCCUGAUGCAUUUGACACUGAAGAGUUGCUUUGUAUCAUGGAUAAUCUAAGGCGUGGGAAAGCAGUGGAUAUUCCAAAUUACGAUUUUAAGAGUUACAAAAACAAUGUAUUUCCAGCUCGAAGGGUCAACCCAUCAGAUGUAAUUAUAUUGGAAGGGAUACUUAUCUUUCACGAUCCUCGUGUUCGUGGGCUUAUGAAUAUGAAAAUUUUUGUUGAUACAGAUGCUGAUGUACGAUUGGCAAGAAGAAUUAGGCGUGAUACUGCUGAGAAGGCUAGAGAUAUUGCAACGGUAUUGGACCAGUACUCAAAAUUUGUGAAGCCUGCUUUUGAUGAUUUCAUACUUCCAACAAAGAAGUAUGCUGAUAUUAUAAUUCCCCGUGGUGGCGACAACCAUGUUGCUGUUGACCUUAUUGUCCAACAUAUUCGAACAAAACUUGGUCAGCACGAUCUCUGCAAAAUCUAUCCUAACUUAUAUGUUAUCCAGACAACCUUCCAGAUACGUGGCAUGCAUACACUUAUUCGUGAUGCACAAACUACCAAACAUGAUUUUGUUUUUUAUGCUGAUCGGCUGAUUCGCUUGGUUGUUGAGCAUGGACUAGGACAUCUUCCAUUCACAGAAAAGCAGGUUAUCACUCCUACUGGCUCUGUAUAUACUGGUGUAGAUUUCUGCAAGAGAUUAUGUGGGGUGUCCAUUAUUAGAAGUGGUGAAAGUAUGGAGAAUGCUUUACGUGCAUGUUGCAAAGGAAUCAAAAUUGGAAAAAUUCUUAUACAUAGAGAAGGUGACAAUGGGCAGCAACAGCUGAUAUAUGAAAAACUACCACAAGAUAUUGCGGAUCGACAUGUAUUGCUCUUGGAUCCUAUCCUAGGAACAGGUAAUUCUGCUGUUCAAGCCAUAUCUUUACUCAUAAAGAAGGGUGUACCUGAAGGAAACAUAAUUUUUCUCAAUCUCAUAUCUGCACCCCAAGGAGUGCAUAUGGUCUGUAAAAGCUUCCCAAGAAUAAAGAUUGUGACCUCUGAAAUAGAAACAGGCUUAAAUAAAGAUUUCCGUGUCAUUCCAGGCAUGGGCGAGUUUGGAGACAGGUAUUUUGGCACAGAUGAUGAAUGAAUGAGGGGAGGGAAGCAUUAUUCAUUGUGAAUCUCAAUAAUCACAAGCUGAAUUGAAUAUUACAAAUAAUAAUCAAGAGUGCCUGGUAGCCUGCUGAUCAGUUUGGCCUGGGAGGUUCAACCUAGCUAAUGUAUUGCCUCCAUUAUACUUCAAAACCUUUUUUUUUUACUUAUACACCUCAAUUUUGUUACAAGCAAUGCAUUCAGCACCAUGUUGUGAUCAGAUAUGUAGCUGAAGGGAGCAAUGAGGCCCUAGAAGAUAGCAAUGAUGGUAUGAGCGCAAAGUGCGCAUCUUAACAAUGGCAUAUAUCGUGUUGUAAAUUUUGUCAUAGCCAACUUUAAUUUUAUUAGAAACUCAUUUCGACACCCCUUGAGGUGUCUGUCAUUGAUUGACGAAUGGUUAUUAAACAUCUGAAUCAAAUUCUCUUUGCUUUUUGUCUAAUUUUUUGCUCAAGUCCUGUAAUUUUCUCAGUGCUUAUUGGUUUUGAGGUAUUA